ACAUGCUGCCCCACUGGUGAAUCCACUGCUAUGCCGGACGUGUGUCUGCUCAGCACUCCUGCUUUAUAACACUGGCCGUGCAGCCGUGAAACCGCCCUAUCCUGCUACUACCAAACUGUACCGCAGCCUUAUCUUCUUUGCGGGGUCACGGGCGCAAUUUUAAUCAUAAACCUAACCUCACAAAUCCGUUUGUAGUUUUGUAAUGUGGGGCGUGCGUACCGUACACCCUGCUAAUCCCUGGAUCCUCAGAGAAGGACCAUGAUUUCUGGGACGGUGUUGCCAGGGGAAAGGUGGCGCCUGGGACCUGUUGGAAAUGACAGCUAAAGAAGGAGGAUUGCAGCACAGAGAUUACAAUAAGAGUAAACGUAUGAGAUAGCGAAGAAACUCCUUCGCGUCACUGUGUCCAGGGUCUGUCUGUUAGCGAUAUUACACGGCUUUAGUCUGACAGCUAAUGAUUGUACUGUGCUCCGCGACUCGCAAGCUAACGAGACCCGAGCUGGGUGCUUAUGGGUACAUGCCUGUGUGUGUGAGACAGAGCGAGAGAGAGUUUAUCUGUAGAUUUUAGUGUGAAUUUGGGUUUGUGCGAGUGUGUUUGUGUGCGCUUAUCUGUAUCGCUGCUCUCGCCUUCGCUAUCCCCACCUGUCAUGUUAGCUAGCAUGCUAAUUUGAUUAAGCUAGUUGGAUAUUAUUGGCUAAUAAAAGAAAGCUGACUGUGGGCGAGGUACCACGCCGACCUUAUCAUUACAACUCAAAUGGCCUGCUUAUAUGGUAGUACAACAGUCUUGUGCCUCUGUCGAAUACAGCCAAGGUUAAUUUGUUAUAUAUUGCGUAUUAUCUAAUUAGAUAAUGUUAACUGUCAGACCGCAGGCUGGCUAAUUUGCUCGGCUAUUAGCUUAGCAGCUAGAAGCACGGGAGCUUGGCUUGUGCGCUAAUUGACCUAGUUUGGAGGGGCAGGGGCCAUGUUGUCAUUCCACUCGACUGAACUUUGUUUACAUUACAAGUUUUCGACUUAUUACUUUUAGAGCACGUUAUUUUACGUUGUUAUUUAAACAUGUAAAAACACACACGCAGUGUCUUUUUAAUAGUGUACUCUUGCAUUAAUAUAGCGUCCUUCCACUUAACGCUGAACCCUGAAAACUCCAAACAACGAAGUCCAUUUGAACUCGUUUCUAGAGGCACGGCAUAGAUCUCAUGUAGUCUAGUCCAACUUCGGUGUAUUCAGUCCUCGUCAAAAUCGAUAUUAUAUGCUUUAGAAUGAGUCAUUUGUCAGCUUAAACUUAACAGAAUUGUGGCAUAAUAUGUGCACUUGCGGGCUCAACAACAUUACAUCACUCUGAACAUACAGUUGACUGCAAGACACAUCCUGAAAACAGAAUUGUAAAGAUGGAGUCUCUGAUGAGCGCGGUUGCGCCGCGCUCCCCAGCCCCUGCCAAGAAGCUGUCAGAGGUGGAUUUCCGGUCAGGGGCCACCCUUGAUCAGCUGUCAUCUCAGGUGUCUGAACUGGUACUGCUGGAACAGGGAGAGUUUGGAGACCAGACCGCCUUAGAGGUCCAUACUGCCAAGGACUUUAUUUUCAACAUGCUAGGCUUAGUUCAGAAGGUAGACCAACGCCUCCCGGUGGCCAACGAGUACCUGCUGUUGUCAGGCGGAGCCCGAGAAGGAGUCUUGGACCUCAACCCUGAGGACCUGGGGGACUACGCCAAAGGGGCCGACUUUGAUCUGGACUUCACCUUGCUGGUGCCCGCCCUAAAGCUCCAUGACCGCAACCAGCCCGUCACCUUAGAUAUGAGGCACUCCCCACCCUGCCACUCGUGGCUCAGCCUCCGCCUUUGCGACUCCAACAUCCUAUCCCGUUGGAGCAUCUGCUGCCAAGAAGAAAAUGGACUUCACACUGAGGAAGAUGAGGAGGAAGAGGAAGGUAUGGGCAAAGGCUCCAUCCCCUCCCUGGGCUCUCCUCAGUCUCUGGAUGGAUGCUACUUUUCUCCCACCCUGGUGACAGACUGGUUCUGGGGGGUGGUGAGCGAGGCUGUGGAGGAGUUGAGGCGCAGCCCCCAGAGAGGCAUUCCCACUCCAGACCGACUGGAGAGGAAUGGACCCCUCACCACUAUCAUCCUGCAGGCAGGCUCCAGCCGGGUGCUGUACGACUUGCUGCCUGUGGUGUCAUUUCGGGGCUGGCCUGCUGUGGCCCAAGGCUGGCUGACCGCCAACCACUUCUGGGAUGGUAAAAUCACAGAGGAGGAGGCCAUAUCUGGCUUCUAUCUGCUGCCCUGUUGCUCCCCGCUGGGUGGUCGGCCUGACAGGGAGUGGAGGCUGGCAUUCUCACGCAGUGAGGUUCAGUUGAAGAAGUGCAUUCCCUACCCCAUGGCCCAAGCUUUCCAAGCAGCCAAAGCCGUGUUGUCCCGUAUCCUGGCACGCCCACGUACAGGCCUCAGCCUCUAUCACCUGCGUACCCUUCUUUUCUGGGCCUGUGACCGACUUCCUGCUGCCUACCUGUCCUGCUCUGACGCCGACACCCCGGGCCGCCUCCUCCUGGGUCUCCUGGAUGACCUGGCUCAUUGCAUCCUGGGUAAAAACUGCCCAAACUACUUCCUGCCCCAGUGCAACAUGUUGGAGCACCUGACAGACAGCCAGGCGCUGCUUGUUGCCAGGAAACUCGCUCAUGUGCGGUCAGAUCCGAGCGAGCACCUCCGAGCAGCUCUGGACCAAGCCCAGCAGGCAGGACAGCUGAAGAAGGAGCUAACAGCUAGCACCAAUGGCCAUGGCUCCCCCGGACACCACCCAGCCAAUGGCAUCAUCUCGCCUUCGGAGGACAAGCUGGCGCAGCGACUGCAGCAGUUGGUCACUGAGAACCCUGGGAAAUCCAUAUCCGUCUUCCUGAACCCUGACGAUGUCACCAGGCCACACUUCCGCAUUGAUGACAAGUUCUACUGAUGCAUACACACUGCAGAGAAGAUCUGAGGAUAUGUAUGUGUUUAUCACACUAUGAGAAUUCUCUGAAACACCACAUCAGAGGGUGUGGACACAGAAAAUCAGGCAAGUGUUUUUCUUUGAAACACGACAGGCCUACACCUGAACACACUCAUCCUGUUCACCAUCCUAAGGCUGAACAAUGCACCAAAGCCUUGCUGCUCGACUGACUCUUUAAACCAAAAACACGCAAUGUACUACUACUGAUAAAUGACCUCCAGUUUGGCGGACGUCACACAACAGACCUGAUGUCGCACAGCAGUUGCCACGGAGAUGGUCCUAUCCUAACAAGCUGGCCUUAAUAAGACUCGUAGCCAGGGCUACAAAGACGAGGGCCGGCUUUAGUCACGUGAAAUAAGUCCAGUGCUGAUCAACACAGAGUGUGCGAGCGUAUACAUACGCCUGGGGCUUUUCACAUGUUAUUUACACUAAACAGAGGGAGAAAAGCUCCUUGAUUGCUGCAUUUCUCCCCUUUUUAUUUUAGAUCAGAGUGGGCGAUGGGUGAAUUAGAAAGGAAAAAUAAGGUGUGGCUGAUGUAACUGAAUGUAAUGUUGUGAGGAGAACUGCCGAGUCUUUGAACAAAAAGUUUCUUUUCUUUGUCAACUACGUUUUAGUCCUCUUUUUUGAUCUAUGCCGCAAUUUAUGGCAUAUUUUUCAUUUAAGAAAAAAACAUUUCUCAGGUAUUCAUGAUUCUUAUCCUUUUUUAUGAAUAUAAUUCCCUUUUCUGGUCUUUCACUAUUUUUCUGUGGUACUUACAUUUCAUUAAUAAUGGGAAUGGAAUCUACCAAAGAACUGCCUGUGAGCAGUCUUGGGAAGAGAAACAUGGAUCUUACAAAUCCCAAAACUUUUUGGAUUUUAGCACAACAUCAUGAAUCUAUUGAGUCAGGCUGACCAUGACUGUCUGAUACUGUUUUCUUUCUAAAGACCUGGUCACAUCACCACUUUAAACAGCAAAAAGUUACAGCAAAAUUAGUGAAUUAAAAUGAAACUGUCAUUAAGGGCAGUACAGAGAAAAUGGAAAAAAAAAAGCUUGGUGAGCCAUUGUGCCUGACAUGUGUUGACUAAUAGAUUAUUUGAUCCUCAGAAACUAAUUGGAAACUAUUUUGAUAAUUGCUUAAUUGUUUAAACUAGGGGUGGGACUGCAUUAACGCAUUAAGGCCAGGCAAGUCACCAAGUCAACUAAUAAUAAUUAAUUAACGCGAUAAUGAGCACUUCAGCAUGAUAAUUAAUCAACAAUUAUUAUUUUUAUUUUAGCGCGCAGUAAUCCAGUUUUUUUGGUGAGCAACGGUUACAUAGCUAGUGAGCAGUGAACUUAAAAAAAUGCUUAUAAUAAAAACAACUGCACAAUAAAAUAAUUGUCGGCAUUAAUUAAUUAGCGCGUUAACGCAGUCCCAGCCCUAGCUUAAACAUUUUUAAGAGGAAAUGCCAACUAUUCUCUAAUUCCACCAUUCAAAAUUAUGAUGCUUUGAUGCUUUUGUUGAUCAUAGAAAACUGAAUGUAUUUGGAUGUUAGACCUGGUUAGAUAAAUCGUAUGUGAGAGCCACAUAUUUUUCAUUUGGAUGCAGGUUAAUUUCACUUUGUCUCUGUGCUUUGACCAGGCCUUAGAUCAUGAUAUGAUUUAAGAAAUUCUUGAAAGUUCAAGUUUUGAGUUUUGUUUUCCUACCUGAGCAAACAUUUUGGUCCUUGGGUGUUUAGAGUGUUAAGGAAGACCUCUUUUAAGGAAAUGAAAGCAAAUUAACGGGAGUGUGUCAAGUGGGAAAAGAAAAGGUUUUUAUUGAAGAAAAAGACAGGUAAAAAAUAGCUGUGGAGUCAGGACUAUUUGUCUAUUAUAGUCAUAACUAAGUCAAGAUACUCAGCUGUGGGUCCAGCACAUCCUAUUGCACAUCAUACAAGAAUGUCUAUUAACUUUUUGUUGAAGAAAGUUAGGCUUGUGCGUGUCUCAUUCGAUUUUUUUUGGAGACUGGUUCUGACUUGACUGAUUCCGAUAAUUGUCCCCCGUCUCCUCUGCUUGGUUGGUCUUUUUUAAUGAGCUUUGUGUGUGUGUUUGUGUUUUUGUGUGUUUGUUCACCGAGAGCCAAACCAAACCACGCAGCAGGAUGCAGACAGACACCCAGAUGCUGGCCAUUGAAUUAAACCCUCAGUGGGUGUGUGUCAGUCGCCGCCCUAUUGUUUCUCACCAGAUGCGAGUCAUCUGGGGCAGCGGUGGGGGUAAAUGAAAGAAUGGAGAUGUGCUUUGCUCCUGUCCUUUUGAAGAGGGGAGACGGACCUUGCGGGGCCUGGCGACUGCCUCUCUCUGGCCCUUUUGCUGUUUUUUUCUGCCCAAUUUCUUUUUUCUCUCUUCAGGUUUUGGUAUUCUUCUUGGUGUCUUUUGUUUUUUUUUUCCUCAGAGGGUUGGCAACUUUCUCUCUUUUAGUACUGGAAGUUCAGAACAAUACAGAGCUCCCGAAACCAGGUACUUAUGCGACCUUUUGUUUACGGUGGUUUGAUUAGAAUAGAGCCACUAAGUGGUGUAGUGGAAACAAGGAUAACCAGACAAGCUUCCACCUACAUUAGUUUCUUGGGUCUUACUUGGUUUGCUGUAAUGAAUUUGAGACAAAACACUAUCUGCAAACAGCCCUGAAGGUUGAACUUAAAUUCUAUGGGGUUUACCGAGCACUAAAAUGCUGCUUCCAGUGUUAGUGGAUAGGCAGGGUAUAAAAUGCUACAAGCACAAGAUUGGUUACAGUUAAGUUUUAUGUAAAUAUCAAGGUGAUGUGGUUAAUUCUUGUAGAUUUAGAGCUGCUUUUUUUUGGAAACUUCAGAAGGGAGCAUCUGAACAUUUCUGAGCCUUGUGUUACAUUGUCUGCUCUCAAAGACUCAUGUCCUUACUACUGAGCGAGCGUUUUACAGCGUCUGUCUGUACUGAUGGUGUGUGUGUGUGUAAAACCAAAGCAGGUUAUUGAGGUGGUACAGAAUGUCAAAGCAGCGGUGUAUUUAGCUGCCAGGCGUUGGUAUGUGUUUUCAGCACUUUCCCAAGACAAAUAUUCGUUCCCAAGUUCUGAAUAGUCAUAAAGAAAAAGGAUUUAUUUAUUGGAAAAUAUAGUUGAUGGAAAGGUACUUUCUCAUUGAUCUUUAAUUUAAACUGAGAGAGAUGGAAAUGUAAAAUAUGUCAGGUGUGUGUCUCACUUUGUACCUUAAUGGGCCUAGUUAGAGAUUACUAGACAGUGGAAACAAUCAAUGUUUUUCCUGAAUUGUACUCAUGAAAUCUUGAAAAUCCAAUCUUGUAUUUUUAAACUAGUGUCAGUUUCUAGAUAUGCAAUCAAGUCCCCUUUGAAAAGGUUUACAACACCUGCUCUAGCUGUACAUGAGUGUAGAUUUACUGUAGUAGUUGAAGGGGGAAUCACUAUCUGCUGUCCAGGGAUUGCAUGAAACACAGAUGACACUCCCAAACAUAAAUCCACUUUGUGCUCCUCCGUUGAUAAUCAUGACUGUAUUUUUCUUUUCUUUGUGCUUUGGAACUUUGGAUGAUUCUGUUUAAGAUUCCCUCAACUUGUGUGGAUAAAUAGCUGACCAAAAACAAUGAAUGUAACCACCAUAUCUCUCUGCUUGCGAAACACAUCAAAAACUAAUCUUUCUCACUGUUAUCUGAGCAGAUGUACUCUGGUCUGUACUGAAGUGCUGAGAUAAAAAUCUGUACAGAGUCACUCCACAUUUUGAGAAAUUGAAUUUCAUAUCUGUUUUUUUAUUACUUGAGUUCCUCCUCUUUUUUUCCCCCAAAAAUAAGUGCAAAUUAUUUUCUGUCUGUGAUGAUAUCAUGACUGAUUUGCUGUAUUUAUUACUGUUAUUUUCUUGCUGUUUAUAUGGAUCAGUCUUCAGACUUCAGCAUGAAAUAAAUCACUACAUUUCAGAUCA